GCACGUGUUAUUUUUUUUCCUUGGAUUCAGUCUCGAUCGUGUCGAUCGCGUAGAGACAUCACAGACGAUUAAAAGUUAUCGAGUAGAAUUUUUUUUAUCUAUGCCGGUAACACUACCAGGGGGACAUUUUUGUUAUCAAGGGUUGUGAUUAGAAUCGACGAAAUAGUUUGGGAAUGGAAUCGACGAGACUCAACUGUAUGGCUAGAUCAAAGGUUGAGGACGUUCCUUUUUUUUUCCUUCUUCUCGCUGUUAACAUAGGCACAUCUACUUAAGUCAGAUGUCCCGAGUACGGUGGAGUCAGUGCGAAAGGGGUAACGAUACGCCAAACACCGGUUAAUGUCCAUUAAUUAAUGAUUAUUCAAUUUCAUGGUGAUAAUAAUUGUGCCUGGAAUUCUUGAAAAAUGAACUGCAGGGCGUUUAUACCGCUCCCUGUUGCAAUUUUAUUUUUAUGUUUAUGCGCGAGUGGAGAUUUUAUUGAGGACUAUUGCAAGAGAAAUGCCAGCGGCUGCGUUGACCAAUUGGUGGCGAAAAUAGCUGAGGGAUUUGAUGAUGAUAAUCAAUCUGGUGGUAGUGCUAUCCCGAGGAUUAUGGGCUCUGUGGUUUCGGGGGCCAAUGGGGAAUUUCAUGCACCCUGGUUUCUGAGUCUUCCGCUACUUCCGGUGCUGUUUGCAUCCUCUCCGACACUUCCGGAGGGAGAGUGCAAGAGGCACUCGCUCAGGUAUCUUCGCGAGCUGAGGAAUGGAACACUUUGGGCGUCGCGAAUGUUCGACUCUUCCGUGAAGUACCCAGAGGGUAUAAUAGCAGGUCACACACGUCACUACGGAAAUUUUGACGAGUGCUAUGAAUUGAGCGCUAAAAUUCCACGACAAGAUGCUGGAUCAGAACCUGAUGAGAUUAAUGGCCGCUAUUGUCUCGUAAAAAUUCAUUAUAAAAAGACAAAUCCAUCGCCCAGCAGAACAGCCCCAUUCACCCUGAAUUUUGAUCCCAAUGAGUCAGCAUGGGAGGCUGUGAAGGAAAAAGGUGACUUCCGACGAGUGAGAAGGUACAAUCUGGAGUUGGCCUUGUGUGUGCCAUCAUCUUGCUCAGCGGGAGAUGUGGAGAAGGCCUUGACGGAGCCCUUAAGGAGGAUAGGAGAGGAAAAACAAGUUGUUGUUCAUACGAGUAUUAAAGGGAACACAUGUCAGUCCAAAAUUGAUGUGCCGCAAUUUUCAACCUCUGCCAAGGUCUAUUGUUACAUCAUUCUCACACUGGUUGCAUUGGUUUGUAUGAGCACGUGGUAUGACAAUGCAAUGACACAUGAGAAAGAUCCAUACGAUGGUGGCUUUGCUGCAGACUUACUGCUUUGCUUCUCAGCCAGAAGAAAUAUUAAAAGUAUAAUGGAGGUAUCGUACUCACAUCCAGGAUUGGACAGCAUCCACUUCAUCCGGUUUUUCUUCAUGUGCGCUGCGAUGUUCGGUCACCGGUACAUGCAGUAUUACGCGAAUCCUAUGGUGAAUCCAGAGUAUCUUGAACAUACCUACACGGUACCUUCUUCGAUACUCCUUUACAACGGACCAAUUAUUGUCGAUGGAUUUUUCGCUGUUGGAGGAUUACUUGUAGCUUAUUAUUUAUUAAAAGAACUGGACAAUGGGAGGAAAAUCAAUUUUUCGGCUUACGUCCUCAUUCGAUACAUCAGAUUGACGCCAUCGUAUGUUGCAAUAAUAGGUUUUAUUGCCCUGAUUUUACCGCAUUUGAGCACUGGCCCCUACUGGUCCCACAAAAUAGGCCUAGAAAGUGAAGCCUGUGCGGCAAAUUGGUGGACCAAUAUUCUCUAUAUCAAUAACUACGUCAAUACCGAGAAAAUGUGCAUGUUCCAAUCGUGGUACGUGGCCGUUGACUAUCACCUGUACAUAAUUGCGCUCUUUGCUGUUUAUUUUUUUUGGAAAUUACCACGGAGACUGGGAUAUCCUUUCCUCGUUGCAAUCAUCGUUGCCGGCUGUGUUAUAUCUUUCGGAAUAACGUACAUUUACAGUAUUCAGCCCAUGUGGUUGGGAUUGCCUUUUAUGCACGAAGUGAGAGAAGAUCCGUACUUCACCGAUCAUUACGUAAGAACACAUGAGCGUAUUGCAGCGUAUUUCGUCGGUGUUCUCGCCGGUGCUAUUAUCUAUGAUCACCGCCGAUCUCCUUGGAAACUUUCUCAACCCUGGUCGAGCACCUUGUUCAUGCUGUUGGUUCUAGUGCUUGGUGUGACAUCACAAAAUUUGGGCCAUAAAUACUAUGAUCCGAAUGUAAAUGUAUCUGCGAUCGAGAGUGCACUUUAUUCGAGCUUUCACAGACCUGCAUUUGCCAUUUCGGUUGUUGCGGUGGUCGUGCUACUGACCGUUGGUGAAGGAUUAGAAGUCUAUCACAGCUUCCUCAAAGGCCGUUGGGUCCAGCCCGUAGCGAAAUUAACAUACGGCGCUUAUCUAAUUCACAACAUCAAUCAGUCCUACGACGUGGGUGUCAUUAGACAGGCGAGAACAUUUUCAUUCCACAAUGUGUUUUGGGAUUUCGUGCCAGACGUAGUUCUGACCUUCUCGUUAUCCUUGAUGGUAGCAUUGAUUAUCGAGGGACCCUUUAGAAAAAUUGAAAAAGUAUUCAUCAACAAGAGAUCAUCCAAAGAGCAUUCCAUUUCCAAAGAUCCCGCGAGUAUCGUCGCAACUGAGAAGAAGAUCACCUAGUCUGAAUUUCGAACAACCGAGUUUCUUGUAAAUAGUUCCCACCCAUUGCUAAAUAAUAACUUUCCUCUGACCCACGUCAUUUAUUGAGUAUGUUUUAGUACUUAACGAGGCCUCUGUUUUGAAGGUAUUAUGAAAAUCAGGAAGAAUAAAUACCUUGUUGUUGUGGAAA